UUCCGGCGCGUUGUUGGCGACGCACGAAUGCCGGGUGGUGUGAUAUCGUAUGAUCAUACCUUGCUAAAGAUUGGAAGUAUUAACUAAUUUGCAGUUUUCUUUAUUAAUAUAUUUGGAGUAAUUUGUUUACGUUAAUAACAAGAUAUUCAAGUCAUACGGCAGUAAAGUAUGUCUGCCAAAGCUAUUAGUGAAGCCAAGGGGAAGGACCUACUCAACAAAUUCCUGAAUGGAUCAGUUAAGAACAAGUUUGCUAUAGUUAAAGAAGAUACUGACAUCGAAUCCCUGAAAUCACAACAUUCAUGGCUAGAAUCAGAGAAACUUGUAUGUAAACCAGAUCAAUUGAUAAAGAGAAGAGGGAAGCUUGGUUUGAUUAAAGCAGGAGCUGAUUUCAACGCAAUCAAAGAAUGGUUAGGAAACAAACUAGGCAAAGAAUUUCAUAUAGGAGCAUGCAAAGGAAGGCUAAAGAACUUCAUCAUAGAACCAUUUGUACAACAUCAACAGAAUGAAGAGUUCUAUAUAUGUAUCUAUUCCCACCGUACAGCAGACACCAUUUUAUUUCACCACGAAGGAGGAAUUGAUAUUGGUGAUGUUGAUGCCAAGGCUGUUAAGUUAGAAGUACCAGUAGGAAGCGAUCUGACAGAGGAUAAAAUUAGAUCUACGUUACUGACCAAUGCUCCAGAUAACAGUAAAGAAUGUUUGAUAAAGUUCAUCCUCUCAUUAUACACAACAUAUAGAGAUCUACAUUUUACUUACUUAGAAAUAAAUCCACUCGUAUUCACCGGAGGAAAGAUCUACAUUUUAGACUUAGCAGCUAAAAUUGACCAGUGUGCAGAAUAUUUAUGUAAAGCAAAAUGGGGAGAGGUAGAAUUCCCUCCUCCUUUUGGUAGAGAUGCACUUCCUGAGGAGGCCUAUAUAGCUGAGUUAGAUGCCAAAAGUGGAGCGUCAUUAAAAUUAACAAUUCUGAAUAAAUCUGGAAGGAUCUGGACAAUGGUUGCUGGUGGUGGAGCAUCAGUUAUUUAUGCUGAUACAAUUUGUGAUCUUGGAGGAACAUCAGAGUUAGCAAACUAUGGAGAAUAUUCAGGUGCACCCAGUGAACAACAAACAUAUGAAUAUGCUAAUACGUUACUUGGUCUUAUGACAGAACAGAUCCAUCCUGAUGGUAAAAUAUUGAUAGUAGGAGGAGGAAUAGCAAACUUUACCAAUGUAGCAGCCACCUUUAAGGGUAUUGUUAGAGCUUUGAGAGAAUACCAACAGAAGUUAAUAGAAGGAAAGGUCGCUAUAUAUGUUAGAAGGGCAGGACCUAAUUACCAAGAGGGAUUAAGAAUAAUGAGAGAAUUAGGUAACACCUUAGGGGUGCCAAUCCAUGUAUUUGGACCUGAGACUCACAUGACAUCGAUAGUCAGUAUGGCAUUAGGGAAGAAAGAAAUUCCACAAUCACCAAAACAAAUGCACACUACAGCAAACUUCUUAUUGCCAACAGGAGGGACACCGAGGAUUAAUAGUAGUAUGAGUUCGUCACCAAGUUCCAGUAGAAGAGAAUCAUUAUCUGAAGUAAGAACCAGCUCAAAGACUAGUUCCCUGUCACAAGUAGUUACUGGUGAUCAGUUGGGUAUCAGAGCAACCACAACAUUGUUUACAAACAGAACAAAAUGUAUUAUAUGGGGAAUGCAACAGAGAGCAGUCCAAGGAAUGUUAGAUUUUGAUUAUGUCUGUUCCAGGAAAGAUCCCUCUGUUGUUGCUAUGAUUUAUCCUUUCACUGGUGAUCACAAACAGAAGUUUUAUUGGGGACAUAAAGAAAUAUUGAUACCAGUAUAUAAGAGUAUGGGUGAUGCCAUGGGGAAGCACCCCACUGCAGAUGUAUUAGUCAGUUUUGCUUCGUUAAGAUCUGCCUAUGACAGCACAGUGGAAACUAUGUCAUAUCCACAGAUUAAAACAAUAGCAAUUAUUGCUGAAGGUAUUCCUGAGAAUCUUACAAGACAGUUAAUCAAGAUUGCUGACGAGAAAGGUGUUUCUAUCAUUGGUCCUGCAACUGUUGGUGGUGUAAAGCCUGGAUGUUUUAAGAUUGGUAAUACAGGAGGGAUGUUGGACAAUAUCCUUGCUUCUAAACUUUACAGACCUGGCAGUGUUUCGUAUGUUUCGAGGUCUGGAGGAAUGUCCAACGAGUUAAACAACAUUAUAUCACUCAAUACGAAUGGUGUGUUUGAAGGUGUAGCCAUUGGUGGAGAUAGAUAUCCAGGAACUGUAUUUUUGGACCAUAUCAUGAGAUACCAGAACGAAGCAGAUGUCAAAAUGAUCGUUGUUUUAGGGGAGGUUGGUGGAACAGAGGAAUAUAGGAUUAUCCAGGCUAUCAAAGAUGGUCAGAUAACUAAACCUAUAGUAGCAUGGUGUAUAGGAACAUGUGCUAAAAUGUUUACAUCAGAGGUACAGUUUGGUCACGCUGGGGCUUGUGCUAAUGCUGAGGCAGAGACUGCUGUGGAGAAAAACAAAGCUUUAAAAGAAGUAGGAUGUCAUGUACCAACUAGCUUUGAUGAAUUAGGACAAUUGAUUGGUGAUUUAUACAAGAAGUUGGUUAAUGAUGGUGUUAUAGUCCCACAGGAAGAGGUGCCCCCUCCUACAGUACCUAUGGAUUUUACCUGGGCAAGGGAAUUAGGAUUAAUUAGAAAGCCAGCAUCUUUUAUGACAAGUAUAUGUGACGAGAGAGGACAGGAACUGUUGUAUGCUGGGAUACCUAUAACAGAUAUAUUUAAAGAAGACAUGGGUAUUGGUGGGGUGUUGAGUCUGCUUUGGUUCCAGAGAAGACUUCCACGAUAUGCUACAAAGUUUAUAGAGAUGUGUCUGAUGGUAACAGCUGAUCAUGGUCCUGCUGUAUCUGGUGCCCAUAAUACCAUUGUAUGUGCUCGAGCUGGUAAAGACCUUGUUUCCAGUCUGGCAUCUGGAUUGUUGACAAUUGGAGAUCGAUUUGGAGGUGCAUUAGAUGCAGCAGCCAAACAGUUUAGUGAUGCAUAUGAAAGUAAACUUAUUCCAAUGGAGUUUGUCAACCAGAUGAGGAAAGAAGGAAAACUUAUAAUGGGUAUAGGACAUAGAGUCAAAUCUAUCAAUAAUCCAGACAAGAGAGUUGUGAUAUUAAGAGAUUAUGCACAGAAGAAUUUUCCAUCAACACCUCUUCUAGAUUAUGCCAGUGAAGUAGAGAAAAUAACUACAUCAAAGAAACCCAACUUGAUACUGAAUGUUGAUGGAUUCAUAGGAGUAGCAUUUGUAGAUCUGUUAAAUAAUUGUGGCUGUUUUACAAGAGAGGAAUCUAAAGACUUUGUAGAUAUAGGAGCUUUGAAUGGAUUAUUUGUAUUAGGAAGAAGCAUGGGCUUUAUAGGUCAUUUCUUGGAUCAAAAGAGAUUAAAGCAAGGUUUAUACAGACAUCCCUGGGACGACAUAUCAUACAUCAUGCCUGAAACAACAGGACUGAUGGGCACUGACACAGACAAUGUUUAAUUAUCUUAUCAAACAUUACUUAGAUUAUACUUGUCUCUUUAUUUUUAUUUUGUACAAUGAGGUUUUAUUUUAAUUGUUACUGUCUAUUAUACCAGAAGAAUAAGAAUAUACGUUAUUAUAAAUGUUAAAUGAAUUAUGCCAGUUUUAAGAUUUUUUGUGAGGGCUUGAUAAAUGAUGAAUAAAACUGGAAUAUUCAGUGUAUACUAAGCAGUAUAAGAUAAUAGAGAUUUAUAGUGUACUGAGAAUCUCAUAAUUUAUUUUAUAUCAAACAUGUAAUUACAAUGGUAACAUUCCUCAUAUUUCUAAUUUAUGUUGAUUCAUAAUAAAAUAAGGUAUAAUUAUACAUUCAGAAGUGAUCUCCAGUCCUGAUUUGUUUUAAUUUUAUUUUGUUUAGUGCUUUUUGUUAUUCUUUAUUAUUUCAAUAUAUCAAGUAAGAUUUCCCAAACCAAGUUGUGAUAACGUAAGAUAAUCCAUCAAUAAAUAACUAAUUUGAUUCAUUAAUAGUUAUACUAUGCAAAUUUGUUUGUACUUAAUGCAAUUAUGUGACACAGAAGUCUUUUAGUCUUAUAUAAGGUUGUAAUUAACUUGUAAAUGUCACAUGGAUAUAAGGGCAAAUCAUAGCAUAAUAUAUGUUGUAGUCCAUAUGAACAAAAACAGUUUUUCAUUUUUUUCUCUAACCAAUUUAUACUUUUCUCAAUAGUUUAAAUUUUUUUUUAUAAUCGACGUGUGGAUCAUUUGAUCUCGGUUCUUCAUUGAUCAAAAUUCCAAAAUUUUCUUGCUUUCCUCUGAAUAUCCAAUUGUGACGUCAUGGAAAAGGCUACCAUGCCUGUUGACGUCACAUAUAAAGAACACAUCUAUUUACAGAUCAUUGAAUAAUAACGAUAAAAUUUGUCUAAGUAUUGUCCAAGAGCAGAUUCCACCAUUAAAUCUCGUGCAUUAUGAUAUUUCUCUACACCUGAAAGUUAAAUUUUUAAUAUUUGAAAAGCUCAUCAAUCCUUUAAUGUUAAUGUUUUAAAUAUGAAAAUUUAACUUUUUUGUGGAGAAAUAUAGUACCGCUUAUGAUGUAGUGAUAUAAUCUAUAUAUAAGGUUUAUCAUAUACAGUCGACUCUCGUAAUCUGAAGUCUGCCGGACCAGAGAAAUGUUUCGAGAUAGCCGUAGUUCGACUCAAACGAAAACCGGAAGUUUGACAGACCAAGGGACACAACUCUUGCUUAGCUUGGUAAAGCUAAAAUAAAUCCGAAUGAAUAUGGGUUGGGGAUCGAUAUUCUGGUCUCAGAUCGAUGUAUCUGUAUGUUAUGGUCUUUUAUUUAUUUCUUUGUCCAGUUACAAUUUUGUCUGGUGGUUUAUGAGCGGAAAGAGUAAUUUUCAAUCGAUAUAAACGUUAUUUAAAGUUGACAAAAUUCUUCAUUCUCGUAUACAAGAGAUUUAGAAAAUUUAGAUUUGUUUUCAUUUUCUUUUAUUUCAAUCUUUUUCUGCAAGAGAUAAUACAAAAAGAUUAAAGACGCCGAUUGAGGAGUUUUGAGUUGAUCAACAACGGAAGUCAUAUUUUAUACACUUCAUACUUUAUACACAACAAAGCUCAUUAGUGUAUGAUUACAGUUAAUUGUUUUUAAAACAUUUUGAAUAAUUUUUCAUAAACUAUAAUAAAGUAUCACUAAUUAUUCAUCAUGGUGAUCAAAGAUAAUCUUAGGUAAACACUCGUGGAUACAGAAUGUCAUAAAUCAAUACAGUGGUCAGUGACCGGAAAUCUAAUUACACGUGUAUUGUCAGAUUAACUGCUCAAUCCAUUUAAAUCCCCGAGGUCAUGUUUUGACUUAUGUGUAUUAGUUCGAGAUAAAUAAUGAAUUUUGAAGGCUUUUGUUAACCUUGGGACCGUAAAUUUAGUUCGAGGCAACCGAAAUUUCGACUCAUCUAAUUUCGACUCAUCAGGAGUCGAAAUACAUACAUUUAUAUGGAACAAAGUUCGGGACCAUGGGAAAACUUCGACUCAUCCGAAAUUUCGAGUCAAUCGAGUUCGAGACAAUGAGAGUUAACUGUAGUUGAUUAUUUUGUAGUUAAACAAAAUCAUCAAAUUAAAUAUUGCCAAUAUUUUAUACAGAACCUAUAUGUUUAUUAGAGAAGUCUUUAUACUUUACUAAAGUACCUGACCUAUCUCCCAUACAUAUAAUGCAUUGGUGAUGUUCACUGAUUUAAUUGUGAAUUGUUUUCUUGGUAAUUAAAUGACAUAUUACAAGUCCUUGAUCGUCCUCCAAAAUGAGUCGUAGGUAUUACAAAGCAAGUUAAUUUGAACAAUAAGUAAUAAAUGCUGUUCUCUGUUUUGAUAUAUUGUUUUGAUACUGUUUUAUUAUCUCGAACAUAUACAUGUACUAACUUAUGCAUUUUACUUUAUUCACAAUUGUCCAUGACCUUUAACAUAAAAGUGUUGACUGAGGUCAUCAAAUGCAAUAUCAUAUGAUGUUUAGGCCUAAAUGUGUUUAAACCAUUAAAGUGUGCCAUAACUGUGAUAACUUAUUUAGAUUAUACUAUUGAUGUUGAUAAAAUUGCUGCCUAUAUAACAAUCAAUAUAUAAUACAUCUUAAUAAACUAAGAUAUUUAUGCCACUAAUGUCCAUGGAUUUCCUAAUAAAUCACAAAUUGAAGUUUUGAAUAAAACAUAUCUACUGGUAGAUAGGUGUGUGAAAAGAUGUUUUAGAGAUAGACUUUGUAAUCACAUUCAUUGUCUUUAUAGAUUUUGUCUCAUGUAUUAGAAAUGUACAAUCUGUUAAUGUCUCUGUUUUGUAGAAGUUAUGUUGUUAAGGUUUCAGUGAAAUCAAAUAUUUAUACAAGAUGUAUUAGUGUGGUUGACCCUGUAUAUUGGGUUUAAAUAAAAUAUACAACAGUGGG